UACGGGUGUAAACAGUGGCAGCAGCUGGGGCGCUGCCGCACAACCAAGCAGUAACACCGAGUAACGGUAACGGGCGUGAGCGGUCCAGCCAUGGCGCAAGGCCUGGAGCGCAACGAGGCUCCUAUCCACUCCGAGGGCGCCGCCCUGUCCGUCAGAUGGGUGCAAGGAUUCCCUAAUCAGAGUAUUCAUUUUGUCAACAACCACACCAUUUGCUAUCCUUCUGGGAAUUAUGUGAUAUUUAUUAACAUCGAAACCAAGAAAAAGUCUGUACUCCAGUGUAUUAAUGGAAUUGUGGGCGUCAUGGCAACUAACAUUCCUUAUGAAGUCGUGGCUUUCUCUGACCGGAAACUAAAACCCUUCAUCUACAUAUACAGCUUCCCUGCAUUGACCAGAAAAACCAAGUUAAAAGGCAAUGUUCUCCUGGACUAUACCUUACUUUCCUUCAGUUACUGUGGCACCUACCUGGCCAGUUACUCCUCCCUUCCAGAAUUUGAAUUGACCCUUUGGAACUGGGAAACCAGUGUCAUCUUAUGCAGGAAAUCACAACCUGGUAUGGAUGUGAGUCAGAUGUCUUUUAACCCCAUGAACUGGAAUCAACUGUGUUUAUCAAGUUCAAAUGCAGUGAGCAUAUGGACCAUUGAGAGAAGUAACCAGGAGCAUUAUUUCAGAAUGAAGUCAGUAAAACUGCCCCUGGAAGAUGGGUCAUUUCCAAAUGAAACAGACAUGCUUUUCCCCACCUCACUGCACAAGGACCCCAUCUACGGACCUGUGCUGCCACUGUCAGCCAUUGCCAGGCUAGUAGGCGAAGAGGCAGAAACUUUCAGGCCAAAAGAUGAUACAUACCCAUUGCUUCACCCCACUAUGCAUUGCUGGACUCCAACAAGUGACCUGUAUGUUGGCUGUGAAGAGGGCCACAUUUUAAUGAUUAAUGCAGAAACCUUGAAGGUGACUGUGAUUCAAAAGAGAGAGGAGAUAACAUGUCCAGACAAUGUAGCCCCGCUUAUCAGUCCAGUCAGCAUGGUAUAUCAGAAGGAUGGUCUACUUACUUCUGGAAUUGAUGGCAUUAUAUACUCUUUUAUUAUUAAAGAUUUAAAGUACCAAGUAAAGAUUAUUCUCGAGGUUGAAGAACCAGUGUUUUCUUUGCUGUUUUCUCCCAGUUACAAAAUGUUGCUGAUUCAAACUGACACGGGGUCUGUUUAUAGCUACACAUUUGGUGAGGAGCCAGCUUUAGAUAAAAUCCUGGAUGCUUGUGAUGGGAAAUUUCAGGCAAUUGACUUUGUCACACCUGGAAACAAAUACUUCCUGACACUCACAAAUUCAGGGGAAGUUUGUAUUUGGUCGAUAGAAGAUUGCACUUGUGCAAGCAAGAUUUCACUGAGAACUCCAUCAACAACUCUGGCCUGCUCACCUUCCUCCUCAUCGGCUGUCGUGGGGACUGUGGACGGCUGGGUGCAUUUCCUGGACAUCCUUGAGGUGGAGUCACCUCAGGUGAUUCACAAGACCUUCCUCUCCCGGUCGCCCAUACAGAUCUUGAGUUAUGACCAGCAAGGAAUAUAUCUGUUAGCCGGAAACGCAGAAGGCAACGUCUUUGUCUUCAAUGCCAACCCUUCAAGCUCAUUUCAGAUUCUUGGAUUCACUGAGGCAAACAAAGACAUUCUGCAGAUUUCCACAUCGUGUUGCCCGGAAGCAGAAAUCGUGGAAGUGCUGGUGCUUUCCCCUCUUGUGGAAACAGGAAGAAGCAGACUGGAGUACUUUACCCUGCCCAAAGCGCUACUACAAGUUUCUGAAGCAUUUUGCGAUGAAAGAGGAAGACUGAGAGAUGAAUUAAUUCGUAAGUUCCUGUAUGAGAUGGAGCACAUGCUGUCCUCUGCCGUCCUGGACUUUCAACACAACCGAAUAUAUGGCUUCUGCAGUCAAGUGCCUUACAUCUGUAGCUAUAUUAUUCCUGAAAAAGACCAUGUUGGUGCUUGUAUACUUAAGCCACACCAAAAGGUGCAAAGCAAACAGUAUGGACCUGGGAUGCUCUACAUGUCUUCACAUGGCUUAUGGCUCCUGACAGUAGCUAAAUGUGGAUUUCUCUGUAUCCGAGAUAUUUACACUUUGGAAUCAUUUGUGCGGUGUAGGAGUCAUUCUCACCAGGGGCAUGGGAUUCAGUCUGUGAAAAUUUCCAUGGAUGGACAGAACAUUCUGGUGAAUGGCACAGAUGAUGGCACCCUUGUCCACCUAAAAUGGAAGCAACUUGGAUCAAACUUAGCAAAUGACAUCCUUGACUAUUGCCAGCAGCUAUUAUCGGUGAUAAGCAGCACUUCCAGAAGAGAGAAUGAUUAUUUAACUAUAUUAAGACAGUCCCCGGAAAUGGGACGGGAAGCUGAACAACACCCCACUGAAUCCAAUAAUAACUUGAAUUUAGAUUCAUCACAAGAGGAAUUAGCCAUCACUUAUGAAAGAAAAGAAGUUCCAUGGAUUGAAAAAAAAAGUGACGAGGCUAUCAAAAACGAAGUUAAACUGUUUUCCCAGAAAAGGAAAGAGAUAAAAAGAGGAUUGAGAGAGCUUGCCAAAACUAUUACAAAUAUGAUGGAAGAAAAUGCAAAGAUGGAUUCUAUUUCAAAAUUAGAUGAACAAGAAUUUGGCCUGGACCUUGAGGAACUGGAAAGUCUUCAAGAGGAAAGUGAGGAGGAGGUGGCAAAGAUGAAGAAAGAAGUGGAAAUGCAUAACCUUGCCAAGAGCUACUUGGCUGAGCUUAUCAAGGAAGAGUGCUGGGAUUCCAUGGUUGUCAAGGGUCGAGCUCUGAAGUGCUUUCACAUCCCCUAUGUGGUUGAGAACUUCCCCAUGAAAGCUCGCACAGAGGAAGAGUUGCAGGAACUGAAGAGAGUUUUGCAGCAAAAGACGAUUGAAACAGAGUGUCUUAAGCUACGGAAGGAGCUUGUAGAAGUUCAGUCUGCACUUGCCUUGACUAAAAAGCAUCAUGAAGAGGAUGAAGAAGAUGAAGAUAAGAUAAUAAAAGAUACCAAUCUACCCAAUUACCUGCUUGGUAGUCUGAGCACUGAAUUUGGAGUAGACACCUCUCUAUUGACAAGUCAAUUGGAGCUUCAUUCCAGAGAGGAGAAAAUUAACCAAAUUAUAUUACUAAAAGAUAUCAUUUACAGGGUAAAAACUGUUUUCAAUAGUGAGUUUGAUGCCGCAUAUAAACAAAAGGAGAUCGAAAUUGCACGUAUAAAAGAAAGAAAUGUUAGAAUUGAAGAAAUAAUUUCAGACUUGGAUUUGGAAGAAACCAUCUGGCAACCAGCAUUUGAAGAAUGUGAGCAGCCAGAAAGAACCCUUGUUGUGGAGGAUGAUGAGAUUUCCAUUCAAAAAUAUCUUGCUCCAUGGCAAAAAGCCAAAACAGAAUUGGUCAUGCCCCUUGAAAUGGAUGGAUUGCUUCAAGCACGGGCCUCCAAUGCAAGGCACAGAGGCCUGAUGGACAUGAUGGGAGGUGUUCUGGAAGUCAAGAAGGAAGACAUCUUGAGAAUGGUGAUUCCUCAACCUGCUUUCAUAGCAAAACCGGAUGCUCUGUGGACUGAAGAAGAAAAGAAGCGAUUCAAAGAGUAUGAGAAAAAAGUCAAGGAGCUGAAUGAAGAAAGAGAUAAGUACAGAAAGUCCUUAGAAACAGAAUUGAAGAAACUUCAAAACUCCAUUCAAGAAAGCACACAGAACUUUGAUGACCAUUUGAAGAGACUCUUUGAGAGACGAGUGAAGGCAGAGAUGGUGGUCAACCAGGAGGAACUGAAAAUAAAUAACCUUGUUUUUUCUUUACUGUUGGAUGAAGAAAUAAGCUCCAGAGAACUAUUCCUGAACAACUAUCUUAUGAAGAAGCAGGAGGAGAAGAGUCAGACUGCAGAAGCUAUCCAGAAAGCUAGAGAAGACCUGGACGUGUUCAAGGAGCAACAUGACAACUUAGCAGCAGAAGACAAGAUUCUGGAACACAACUUUAAAAAAGAACUUUCUGAAGUUUCUGGUCAUCAGGUGGAUAUACUCUACAGACUAUUUAAACGCCGGCCAAGGAUUCACAAACAGAAAACGCAGACAGAAGCAAGCAGUCUUAGCCCUUUUGGAGAGCGACCAGGAUCUGGCAAGUUAAAUAGGGACAACUUUGCCCAGUUAAUGAAAGCCAUGGAUGAGUUGGACAGUACCAGUAACAUGCCAGAAGGCAUGGACCCCUUGGUCUGGGAACAUUUCUGCGCAAUCAGACGAGCAAAAGUGGAAAGCGAACACAAAGUGAAGCAGAAAGCAGCUGGCUUAAUGGAAAUGACAGCUUUUCUCCGGAGGAGACUGGAGGACGAUGAAACUGUGCAGCAUGAGAUUGAAAGAGUGUUCCAUGAGCUCAUUCGAUUACAGGACGAUAAAGCGAAAUUCCAGGUGAAUUUGACAAUACAAAUUCUUCUUAAACAAGGACAAGUAGAACUGGAGAAUUUCCAGCUAAUUCUGGGAUAUCCCGAUGCAAUUCUCAUCAAUAAGACUAUAAUUGAAGACUUGAAUUCUGUGAUUCGGACUCAAGGACAAAAGAAAGUUGCUAGCAUGAUGGAAAGCAAAGAAGUACACAAAGGAAUCUACCAGAUUGAGUGGGAGCACAAGAAAAUGGAGAUGCAAAUGGAAGAUCUGAGCCAAAAGGCCUGGGAUAUUCAGAUGCUGUUUUUUUCAAGAGAUCGUCAAAAGUACCUAAAUGAACCAAACUACGAGAGUCUGAUUGCUAUUCAGAUUGGAAUAAUGGAGCAAACCAUUAAUGUUAUAGAUAAGACCCACAAAAAGAAUGUAGAAAACUGCAAAAAACUACUAAAAAAACUGGGAAAAUACAGCAAUCAAAAAGAUAGAGCAAAUUAUACACUAAGCUGCAAUCUACAGGAAGAGCUGCUUGCUGUCUCAGAAAGACAAGACAUUUGCAAUGAAAUCGGGUCUAAGCUGACUUGUGAAAAGAUUGCCAAAGAACAAUAUGAUAACAUGAUGAAACAACAGAAGUUGACACAUCUCUCAAAACAACAAGCUGAACAGAUUUCAGUAUUUCAGGCUGAAGUUGAAAGACUAAGGAUGAAAACAUUUCCAGCCCUCGUUCCAAUGUAAAACACUGGCAGGAUCAAGAGGCCAAACCAAUCAUUCCAAAAUCAUUUCUUUUUCUUUCACGUCAGGAAAUUUAAGUUACCUCUUAGUUACAUGUUUUUAGUAAU